CGCGCCCGAGCUGGCCAUGGCGGCCGUGGUGUCCGGUGUGGUGAGGCGGGUGGAAGAGCUCGGGGACCUGGCUCAGGCCCACAUACAGCACCUUAGCGAAGCCGCGGGGGAAGACGAUCACUUUUUAAUUCGGGCCUCUGCAGCUCUAGAAAAAUUGAAACUUUCAUGUGUUGAAGAGAAGGAAUGUUCAAAUCCAUCAAAUCUUUUGGAACUCUACACACAGGCCAUAUUGGACAUGACAUAUUUUGAGGAGAAUAAGCUAGUGGAUGAGGAUUUUCCUGAAGACUCUUCUCCCCAGAAAGUAAAAGAGCUUCUCACUUUUCUAUCAGAACCAGAAAUUUUAGUUAAAGAAAACAGUAUGCAUCCCAAACUGUGUGAUUUGCUUGGGGAUGAGCUACUGGAAUGCCUCUCUUGGAGACGAGGGGCCCUGUUGUAUAUGUAUUGCCAUUCUCUCACUAAGAGAAGGGAGUGGCUCCUGAAAAAAUCUAAUCUCCUUCGAAAGUACCUUAUUGAUGGGAUCAGUUACUUGCUGCAGAUGCUAAAUUAUCGAUGCCCUAUCCAGUUAAAUGAAGGUGUUUCUUUCCAAGACCUAGACACAGCUAAAUUGCUGAGUACAGGAAUAUUUAGUGAUAUUCAUGUGCUGGCUAUGAUGUACAGUGGAGAAAUGUGCUACUGGGGAUUAAAGCAUUGCACAGACCAGCAGUCAGAAAAUCACGAAGUUGACACUGAUGUGUUUGGAGCAAGUGGUACCACACACAAAGAACCCUUGGAUUUCCGAGAAGUAGGAGAAAAAAUUUUGAAGAAGUAUGUGUCAGUGUGUGAAGGACCUCUGAAGGAGCAGGAGUGGAAUACAACGAAUGCAAAGCAGAUAUUAAGCUUCUUCCAGCAGCGCUGUAGCUAGGUGUUCAUCUAGUCUUCAUAACUCCAAAGAAGAUCGCUGAAAUGGAAAAGAAGUCUUGAGAAAAGGAGAUGCACCACACUGAUCUGGAGAGUAUUACACUAUGUGAAGAUGUCCGAGUGGCUACCCUUCUCUAGUGCUGUCACCUUACAUUGUAUAGUCUUAAAUCUGUGAAGAAAGUAUUCUCUAACUUCUAAAAUGGAAUAUAUGUUAUUCCAACUGAACUUAAAUUACAUACAGCCCUGCCACUGGUAAGGAGGAACCAAUGUAGAUUGACAGUUUUCUAAUAUUUUAAGUUAUAUUUUCAUUGUGGUAAAAUUAUGUAACAAUCUCCUUAUUUUGAAGUGUGCAUAUUUCAAAGGUGAAAAUCAGUUUUUCUCCUUGUUUCAGAUAUAUACUGUGGAUAUAAAUGUAGGCCAUUAAAUGAUUAUGACUAAUAUUUAAAUUUCAUUUCCAGUUAAGCUAAACAUCAAAAGAUUUAAAAAAUGAAUAUUUAUUUUGCCAUGUAUUACUAGUAAUACUUAAAUUAUUUACUUAUCCAUUUUAUAAAUUAUUUUCUUGUUUUGUUUAAAACAAAAAUUGCAUGGUUUCUCCAAAAAUGAAGAUAAAAAUCAGUGUAGGUGAGUAUCAUUAGUUCAGGUGCUUUUAGGGCACAUCUUUGCGUAUAAUGAACUUUACGUUUUGCCUUUGGCAGGAUUGAAAUGCUGAAGGCAAAAGAACCUAGUUUGCUGUCUUGCUCACUGUUUUUCUGCCUACCUCAACUCUUGUCACCUUGCAAUGGUCUGUAUGAUGCCUUCUGAUGCAGUAGGCUCUGUAGCCGUGACAUCUUCACACUCCAGUACUUCCUGUGACUAAGUAUUAGCCAAUCUUGGCUUCUCUUUCUAAAAUUGUAAAUUUCAGUAACUGAUGACAAUUCUCACCUUCCCAGCUUUUAAAUUUUUCUUAUUUUUAUUGCUUUAUUUUUCUGUUUUUGUUUUUUUUUCCUAUAACUUUCAAUCUUUUCAGGGGCUUUUCUUGACAGUCGUCCUAACUCCUGAACGGUGAAGCCUCUUUUAUGCUUUUCUGCAUUGUUUUCUCUUCCAUCCUAUCUGUUAGUGUCACAGUCAGCAGGCUUUCUACACUGUAUUAAUCUUGGCAGCCAUUCAUUCUUAGGAGGCUAAGUUCUAUGAAAGGCAGGCAGUUCUUUAAAGCAUAUUACUACACAUGCAACAUCACGUAGAAGAACCAUAACUACAUGGUACUAUGGUGCCUCUCCUUUGCCACUGUGGUAGAAUCAAAUUUUAUGUCUCCUUUACAUUGUUCUUUCACAGAAUGUUUAAGUUAUGAGGGAGUCAACUCAUAUUUACUCAUUUUUCUGUUUUAAAGGGAAAGCAGCUCUACUUUCUGUUGAAGACUAAUUUUUAUUAUUUUCUUUGUUUCUCUUAGAGUUCAUGAAAGUUCUGUUUUCUUCCAUUUUUCUCUCUCUUUUUCUUUUUCCUCCAAAUACUAAUUGUAAGCAGUAUUUUUCAUAGCCAUGGUGACUUAUACCACCUGUAGUAUCAGGCUGAUUUCCAUGCUAGGAACUGAAAACCCAGUCUCCUUGCUCUUUGAGCUUUAUUUUUAGCUGCCUGUUAAAUGUCUUCACUUUCAUUUUAAGUUCAGUAUGGACAAACAACAAAUUUUCAUAUUUUAUGGAAAAAUCUCUGCUUUAUUUCCCCCAGUUAUGUAUAUUUUUCCAAGUAGGGAAACAUAAGGCUUCCCAUCCCAUCCUCAUUUCUAUACACAAUCUGAUUUGUGUUCUAGAACAAUCUUUUUCAAACAUCGAAAUCCCAGGCCCCUUUUUGAUAAAUAAAAAUCUGAAUAAACAUUGGAAGCCAGGGGAGAUUCUGCCAUCCCUGCUACAGCCCCUGCCCUAUCUUUAUACAACCAAGAUUUUUAUGUAACCUAGCAUUUUAGCAAGUUUUAUUAUGAUAACACCUAAGCUUUCUAAAAUUAAAUAAUCUUUUAAUGUGAAUUUUAGAAGCACACAUUUCUUCAGUGGAUCAUAUUAAUCAAGUGCUUCCAGUACCUUUCCCAAAUGCACUUAUGUUAUACAACCUUAAUACCUUGUGGCCAGAUUAUCCUUUACUUGUAUGAUAUACCUUUAGUAAUACUGUAUCCAAAGGCCCUUUUCUGCCCUUUCCAGUAGAAAUUAGAUGCUCUUCUAUUUUCUCUAUUUUACUUUUCCGUAUUACCACAGUACAAUGUGUUCCAAUUAUUUUCCUUGCUGCUGAUUGAAGUCCAUAUCUUAAAAGUUUUAUCUUUACACAUACUGCUCAUUGCAUGGUGGGUAAUAAUGUUUUUGAAUUAAUGAGGCAUGAUUUAAAAUGCCGAAUUUUGCACAAAAGGGUUGCUGCUAUUGCUUUCCAAACUGCCAUGCCCUCUAUACCAGUGGUUAAUACAGCAAAGGGAAAUAUAUAUAUUUCCCUUUGCUGUAUAUAAUAUAAUAUA